AUGGUGUCACAAAUGAUAAUCAAAAUUGGAUUGAAAAAAAAUAUAAAUAUAUUUCCUUUGCAAUCACCAAAUCUUAAAAAACAAGCAGCACAUCCAAAAAAUGCUUUGGGAUUGGAGGCUGCUCUGAAAGAGAAACUCUGUUAG